AUUCAGACCUGCUCCCAGAGAAGAAAGAAACACCUCAAAGCCUGCACAGAAGAACAUCUACUGAGAAAUUAUUUUAAGCAGACACCAGCUGAGUGGGGGGAGGAAAAAGAACAGAGAAGAACAAACAAAACUCCCUUGGUCUUGGAUGUAAGAGAACCCAGCAGCAAUGAACUGGCCCUUCUUCAGAACAGCUGCAGUGCUGUUCAUUUUCCUGGUGGUGCUGGAAGUUAACAGUGAAUUUCAAAUCCAGGUCAGAGAUUAUAACAGUAAAAAUGGCACCAUCAAGUGGCGUUCCAUCAGGAGGCAAAAACGUGAGUGGAUCAAGUUCGCUGCAGCCUGCCGUGAAGGUGAGGACAACUCAAAGAGGAACCCAAUCGCCAAAAUUCACUCAGAUUGUGCUGCAAACCAGCAAGUUACAUACCGCAUCUCCGGAGUAGGAAUUGAUCAACCACCUUACGGAAUCUUUGUUAUUAAUCAAAAAACUGGUGAAAUUAAUAUAACAUCCAUAGUUGAUCGAGAGGUCACCCCUUUUUUCAUCAUCUAUUGUCGGGCUGUGGAUUCACUGGGUCAAGAUUUAGAGAGAGUUCUCGAGCUCAGAGUCAGGGUUUUGGAUAUAAAUGACAACCCUCCGGUAUUUUCUAUGUCUACGUUUCUAGGACAAAUAGAAGAAAAUUCUAAUGCCAAUACACUGGUGAUGAUGCUCAAUGCUACUGAUGCAGAUGAACCAAAUAAUUUGAACUCAAAAAUAGCCUUCAAGAUCGUAAGACAAGAACCUUCUGAUUCACCAAUGUUUAUUAUCAACAGAUACACUGCAGAAAUUCGAACAAUGAAUACUUUUCUGGACAGAGAGCAAUAUGGCCAGUACUCUCUAGUUGUAAGAGGCUCAGACCGCGAUGGUGGGGCAGAUGGUAUGGCAGCAGAGUGUGAAUGCAGCAUUAAAAUCCUCGAUGUCAAUGAUAACUUCCCAUACAUGGAACAGUCAUCAUAUUCCAUAAGUAUUGAAGAAAAUGUUCUAAAUUCAAAUUUGCUCCAGAUUAGAAUAAUUGAUUUGGAUGAGGAGUUCUCAGCUAACUGGAUGGCAGUCAUUUUCUUUAUCUCUGGAAAUGAGGGAAAUUGGUUUGAAAUAGAAAUGAAUGAAAGAACAAAUGUGGGAACGUUAAAGGUUAUUAAGGCCCUAGAUUAUGAAGCUACGAAGAAUCUUCAACUUAGUCUUGGUGUUAGAAAUAAAGUUGAAUUUCAUCAAUCAAUUAAGUCUCAAUAUAAACUCACAGCAACUGCAGUCUCUGUGACUGUGUUAAACGUAGUUGAAGGCUCAGUGUUCCGUCCAGGUUCAAAGACAUUCGUAGUAACUAGUGAGAUGGGACAAAACUAUCAAUUGGGAGACUUUAUAGCUACUGAUCUGGACACAGGUCUACCUUCAACCACUGUUAGAUAUGAAAUGGGAAGUAAUCCAGCGGGCCUAAUCGCUAUUGGCUCAAAAACGGGCAUCAUUAUUUUGAGAAAUAAAGUUACUGUUCAACAAUAUGAAAUACUUGGGGGAAAAUACGAAGGAACAAUUCUAUCUAUAGAUGAUGCUCUUCAAAAAACUUCUACUGGUACAAUUAUUAUUAAACUUGAAAGUGAUUCCAGGGAAGAUGUUGCACCGUCUAAUGAUAAUAAUACCAGUACUAGCACAAGUGGCCUUACUUCCUCAGAUGUUACCACUGAUGCCAACAAAAACGUUGGCAUUGUUAGCACAAAUACUUUUGGUGUAGGUGGCACCACUGCUUUUCAUCUAAUAAAAGAGGAUAAUGUAUAUUUUGGUCCUGCUGGCAUUGGACUACUCAUCAUGGGAUUCUUGAUCCUAGGAUUGGUCCCACUUUUGUUGAUGUUUUGUGACUGUGGAGGUGUCCCUGGUUAUAGGGCCAGCUUUAAGCCUGUUACCGAAUGUACGGAUGGAGCAAUGCAUUCAUGGGCGGUGGAAGGACCGCAGCCCAAACUUGUGGAUUUGACCAAUAUCGGUGCACCACAAAUACCACCCAAUAAUGCAGAUACUAUUGAGUGCAUUGACAACUCAGGGGUUUACACAAAUGAGUAUCAUGGCAGAAAAAUGCAAGAUCUUGGAGGAGGAGAAAGAACGACAGCAUUGGAACUGGUGGAUGGAGUUAAAACAUCAGGACAACCUAAGAUAUGUCAAGAAUAUUCUGGAACAUUAAGAAGUUCUGUGAGGGACUGUAGAGAAGGAGGGCUGAAUAUGAACUUCAUGGAAAGUUACUUCUGCCAGAAAGCGUAUGCUUAUGCAGAUGAAGACGAAGCACGCCCAUCCAAUGACUGUUUGCUCAUAUAUGAUAUUGAAGGUGUAGGUUCCCCUGCGGGCUCUGUGGGUUGUUGUAGCUUCAUUGGAGAAGACUUGGAUGACAGCUUUUUGGAUACACUGGGGCCUAAAUUUAAGAAGUUGGCAGAUAUCAGCCUGGGAAAAGGAGUAGAACCAUAUCCAGACCCUGAUCCCUCUUGGUCACCUGACAGCACUGAACCGAUCUGCCCUCUGCAGGGAACAGAGCCCAUUGGUAGUGGACACCCACACACCUCCCCACAUUUCGGCACCACCACCACCAUUUCUGAGAGUAACUACCCCUCGGGACCUGGGGUACAGCAUCCUAUUCCUGAUCCUCUGGGCUAUGGUAAUGUCACUUUAACUGAGUCUUACACCACCUUGGGGACUCUGAGGCCCUCUGUCCACGUUCAUGAUAACCGACAUGCAUCAAACGUGGUGGUGACAGAGAGGGUGGUCGGCCCAAUCUCUGGUGCCAAUCUGCAUGGGAUGUUAGAGAUGCCUGACUUCAGAGAUGGGUCAAAUGUUAUAGUGACAGAAAGGGUAAUAACACCUGGUUCAAGCCUGCCCUCCACUUUGACCAUCCCUGAUCCUAGAGAGUCUUCAAAUGUAGUAGUGACAGAAAGAGUAAUCCAGCCAACUUCCGGCCUAGUGGGCAAUCUGAGUGUGCACCCCAAUUUAUCAAACACCCACAAUGUGGUUAUGACAGAGAAGGUAGUUUCAGGCUCCGGCAUGACUGGCAUUAGUGGCCCAGCUGGGCUAGGUGUAGGCAGUGGCAUAGGCAGCAGUGGCCUGGUGGGCAGUGGUGCUGGCAUUGGGCUGAGCAGCCUGGGAGGGGGUGGGGGCCUGAGUAGCAGCAUCGGGGGCACAUCCACCAUUGGCCACUUGAGGGGCUCCUCUGAGCAUCACUUUAGCAAUACCCUAGGAUCUGCCCCCCCUAUCACAGCCCGAAGUCGAAUCACAACGUACAGUACAGGACAAUAUACCAAGUAGCCAGGACCCCAGCACGCUUUUUCUCAGUAAUUGUGAUUUAGGUUUAAUUCCCACCACCCAAAAACUAACAGUGUGAUUUUUGAUGCACAACCAGGUGCUAAGAAAAUUGUGGAACAAGGUGAGACACCUCAGUGAGAAAAAUAUAUGGAAAUAGUGCUGUUGGGCAAGAGCUCUCCUGAGCAUUUGUAGACUUUUUUCUUAUGGUCAUACUAACAGAAUCAUGACCGUGAACUAAAACUUGAGACAGGGUCUUCUUUGUGCCUGGAUGGCCUGUAGGGUCUUCUUGGGUUUUGUGUGGCCUGUAGUGUAUCUCCAGCACAUGGAAUAAAUAAAACUUGGUCACGUAAAAGCACUGGCCUUAAGAUGGCAAUUGGCAUCGUUCUCCUUGCUCUGUUUUGAAUUGCCAUGUAGCUCAGGCGAUAUUUAAAUAAAACUAAACAUGCAAUAUGUGCUCAAGUAUGUGGGAAGAAUUUGAAAUAUGCCCCAAAUGCCUUGUCAAUUUUGCAGAUAAUAUAAAUAAAAAUCCAAUCACAUAUUUAGACCAGGGUUAACCAUUAAAGAAAAAAAAUGGCUACUCGGCCAAGUCCACAAGCCACCAAGCACUCCCACCUUAAUAACUGCACCAGAUGAAACAAACUUCAAAUUAGGAAAUGUUUCCUGGGAGGGAAAUUCCAUAAGAGGGUGGCAACAUAGUGAGAUUGAUUGGGAGUGAACUGGCAUCGUCUGAGUCUAGAUCUUGAGAUGGGGCUUCAGCUAUAAUUCCUAUGGAGUCAAGGACUUCUCUGAUUCUAGUUUGUGUCUAGUGGUAGAUGCAAUAUUGACGCAUAUUGCAUACUGGUGAAGUUGCAGGAUAUCACACGCAUUUUUCCCUUUACCACUGUGACUCUGACUUAAUAAAGGAAAACCUGCCAAGUAUACUUCUCAGGCUGAAGCAAGUCACACCUGACAUGGUAAAUUACCUUCCAAAGAAGUAGACGGGAAUCGCAUUGUAUUUUCAGAUUGUGUUUUUAGUAAGUGUUAUUCAUUUAUAUACAGCUCUUUAUUACACCUCUCCUAAGAUAAAAUAAUUGACUUAGACUGAGCUGUGAAAAAAAGCCUGCAGUAUAGUUACGCUUUGGGGAAAUUUUUUAAGGGGAUCUAAAAAAAGUUUUUAGCACAUGUAAAAUAUUUAAUGGGGGAAGUUAGAAUUGUUCACUAAAUAAUACCAUACUAUUAGUUUUAAUUGAGUUUAGUACUUUUUAAAAUAACCCUCUGCUGCUAUUUUGAAGAGAUCAGCUAGGAACUUUUAACAGAGUUUAUGACAUUGUGUUAAUGGGAAUGAAAUUGUACUAGACAAUCCAAUUUCCUUACUCUAUCCCACCUCCUAACCGAAUUUUCUCACUAACCUAAAUUUUACUUUCCUGAUUUGAUUUGUCAAUAAGCUCUUGGAUUAUAUAUGCUCCAAUUUAUAGAUAGUUUCUAAAUUAUAUAGUAUACUUUUCUAACUUCAAAAUUUAAUAAUGUCCUAUUUAUGAUGAGUCAUUUCUAUGAAUUUGCUACAUAGUGUUACCUGAUUAAAAUCUCUAAAUAGAAUCAAAGCAUUCUUAGAGGUAAAUUUACUAUUGUAUGGUAGAGGAAUUUUUUUCUCUUUUCUAAAUUCAAUGUUAAUAUUUGCUCACUAAUGUGAAACUGGAUAUGGCAAAAAUAUUUUAAGGAUUAGUCUCCCCAGUUACUCAAAUUUCCCAGAGUGUUACAAGAUCAAAGAAUAGUUAUUGGACUUCCAACACUUGUCAAAGGGGUAUGGCGAGUGAAUUAUUUUUACCCAGAGCUAUUUCCCUCUAUGUUAUAGCAGAUGAUGUCAAUAUUUUCAAAGCCACAAUACACAUCUUAUUUUAACUCUGUACACUAUGUAAAAUUUUGAUAGCCUGUAGCAUGCCAAAAUGCAGAGGUGUAAAUAGAAUCAUUCACAGGGAGUCUUUUUUUAAUUUCUUUCUCCCAUUUGGAGGUUCCAUUAAUAAUGGGUAAUCUUUACAGAAAUAAAGUCAAAAGCUACUUAUUGAAAUAUACUUGAGUAUGUCUGGGUCCAGGAGUUUGAAGAAAUAAAAAAAAUAAUAAUAAUAGUAAUUUUUUUUUUUUGCGGUACGCGGCCCUCUCACUGUUGUGGCCUCUCCCGUUGCGGAGCACAGGCUCCGGACGUGCAGGCUCAGCGGCCAUGGCUCACGGGCCCAGCCGCUCCGCGGCAUGUGGGAUCCUCCCGGAUCGGGGCGUGUACCCGUGUCCCCUGCAUCGGAAGGCGGACUCUCAACCACUGCGCCACCAGGGAAGCCCAGAAAUAAUUAUUAAUUGUUAGUAUUUGUCACUUUGAUAUGACAUAUCAUCAGAAGUGUUUUCUUAAGACUCCUGAUAUCUUCCAGAAAUGUUUUUUAGAUUGUCUGACAAAUGCCAGAGCAACCAUCCUUAAUAACUAUCGUUAUUAAGAUCCAUUAGUUACAUAAAACCAUGGGAGAUACAAGGGAAAAAAAAUGGCAGUAUUAGUCAUCAGUCUUUCUAGGAAGAUACUUUCAAAUCAGACUCUUUUUUUCAUGUUUACACAUUGAUGUUCUAACUCUUUAUCCCUAAAUUUUAAAAUUACCUUUUUAAGACAGCAACCAUUCUAACAGUCAUUUAAAGGCAUGUAAUUGUUUUUAAUGAACAACCUUUAGGAAGAAUUUAAUCCUUCUCUUUAGACGCUUUAACUCACAUACUUUACGUCAUUCCAUAGACGUAAAGAUAUGAAAAUUAUUUUAUAAGUGAAUAGUUAUAAUUCAAACCCAUAAUGAAAGCUGAGUCUCAGAUCAACUUGCUCCUAACAAAAGAGAAGGAAAAAAGAGUGAUUUAAUUGUUAUGUGUAUAUAGUUUGAAAACAAAGCGUUUAAUAUUUAUAAAACAUCUCCCUUUCCAAAGAGGUAGUCCUUAGAGGCAAAAAUUAGUGUAUUAUAAAUACUUCAUUAUUUAAUAUCAACCAAAAUACCAUCUUGAGCUAAUUUUGACAUUGAAUUCCAAAUACAUCUACUACAUAUUAUUAGCCUCUCUGUAUGUUGACUGAUGUAAAUGUAUUUGCUCUGAAAAAUUUACAGAAAAAGUAUCUAUUUCAGGUUAUUUCUAGGGCUUCAUCUGGACAUCUGUUCUACAUUUGUAUAUAAAGUUUUUAGCCUCAUAAUGUUCAUUCAAUGUAUAAUUUUCUGACAGAAUUUUAAUUAUAUCGCUUCAAAAAUUACAUAUUCACUCUGACUGGAUGUUUCUAGUUAUAGACACAAUUCAUUUCUGAAUUUAUACCAACAUUUGAAUGUCAGCCAGUGUAUAACACAUAUGACAGCCUUCGACUUUAGCAAGAGUUUAAAGGUGUUAUAAUCUCGGCUAAAAUGGCCCCGGCUUUUUCAGAAAGACAUUUGAAGCCCAAAACAAACUUUUGAAAGUAUUGCCACAUUUCCCCAUGCCUAUUUAAUCAAUUCCAACCUUUGAGGGGACUUCUGGUGUUUGUAAGACCUAUUUCACAUUGCACUAGAAUACACCGGUCCAUAUAGAUUAUUAGUAUCCAUGAAACAGAAUCUGUCUUCCAGUUCCAGAUUAUUCAAUUCAUGUUAGGACAAAAGCAUAAAUGGAUCAACCUGUUCUCCAUCAAAUAAUUUUAAAACAAUGAAUAAUCUAUUGUUUAGGUGUCCAUAUUCCUCCAUCUAGUUAUAUUUGAAUUACUAAACACUGUCAUCAAGCUGUACUUAGUCUAACCUAUUUUUCUUUCGCUAUUUUACGAGUAUUUUUAGACUUUAAUAUUCAUCUUGGGUGAUGUUUACAACAAGGUGCUUUCCUUCAAGUUUCAGUAUAAAAACUCUUGGAUUAUUUGGGUGUUAGUUCCUUGUUUGGUCAUCUGUUGGCUACUUUAAGUUGGUCUGUAAUUUCUAAAGAGUUAUGUUUACAGCAAUAAAAUGCUUAAUAUGCCUUCA